GCUGAGUUGUGAUAUUACCGACGGUCCCUGAACGCAGCGGCAGAAGAAGGACGGAUUCCUGGCAACGCCGCAACAAAGCUAACGUUAACCAUGUACUGCUAAACCGUGUGAAUGCAUUAGCUUCGCAAACAUGUACUUAUGUGUUUAUCUGGAGUGUUUACCAACUGAUACCUACCUCAUAGCUUCCUCAAAGGCGCGUUAACACAUUCACAAUGGAAUUUUUUUAACGAGCCAAGCUAGCCCAGCUAGCACACUUUGUCUUCGUCGCAGCCACAAACGGUUGACUAGCUAACCAGAACGAGUUGUUGUUAGCUUCGGGCUAGUUUUGGCGAAAAUGGCAAUUGUGUCUGGGUCCUGUGCCAGGGUAAACGGGUCUAGAAACGGACCUCCUGUGUCAGCUACACCCUCUGGAUCUGUCGGGCAGUCUCAGCCCAUGAUAGCGGUGUGGGAAUGGCAGGAUGACCAGGGUUACUGGCGGCCUUACAGCGGCCAGGUGAGCGCCUACAUCGAGCGUUGUCUGUCACCGCGGGGCCACAGAGGAGGAGCACCCGGCUCUACGAGCAUCUGUCUCGGACAAUCAGACCCCAGCCUGUCGCCUUACCUCAUUGACAUACCAAGCUUGAAGCAGUUUCGACAGGACACAGGUAAGACCCGGUCAGUACGCCGGUCUCUGUUUGCCCAGUCCUCCGGUCUUGGUAGUGGUGUUUACUGGGAAUGGGCCAACGAUGAAGGAGGAUGGACCCCAUAUGAGACGCGAACCUCUAUCCUUUUGGAGCACAGCUAUCAGGCUCGCCAAGGCACAGCAGAUCUGGGCCCCCAUGGAUACAAUUAUAUAGUGGAUCUCACAUCUCUGGCGCAGGUUAACAAAUCGACGGGUUUCAGACGCCAGGUGCGACGCCAAUGCAACCUCCCCUACCCGCUGGCUUCUUCCGGACCCCCACUGCCUGUGGUGUUCUCCCUCUUUGGCAGCAGGCUUCAGCUCUCUGUUGCUCACUGUGUGGCUCUCCUGGGUCACUGUGCCGCCUGGGGCUCGCUUCGCCCCAUCUGUGCCAGCAAAUUUCCUGGCGGUGUUCCUUCCAUCUCUGUGCAGCUGAAUGGAUCCACCAGCGUGAGCUCUGCCCUAGCAGGCAUGGCCUCCAUUUUGAUGUCAGCAGUGGGACUCGGCGUGCACUUCACCUCUGCCCCUCUCCCUCAGCAGCAGCAGCAGCAUCCGCCGCCACAGCAUCAGCAGCCUGCUCCUUUCUCUCUUCCUCCUCCUCCUCCUCUCCUUCCCCCAGCCAGCAGGCCCAUCAAGCCCCACAGCAGCAGCAGCAGCACCAGCACCAGCAGUUCAGUUAGGAGAGCAAAGAGGCAGCACAGGAGAGAUCUAUAUCUCAUGUACCUUCAGGACUGUAUUAUCUGCAUGGACCAACUGUCCAACCCAUCUGGCUACGAGACCCCAUCCACAGAGGAGGGAGGCCAGAGCAUCCAGCCAGACACUGUGGGAAAAUUCAUCAAAUGUGGGCACACCCUGCAUAUGCUCUGCAUGCUGGCCAUGUACAACAAUGGAACGAAGUGUAUUAAGCUUUAUAACUUAACAUCAGUCACUUUGUGUCCUUGUCACCAGGGUCCCGAGCAUCCCAACCCAGGCCAGCCGUACACCUGUAGAGGCUUCCCUCGCUUCUGUUUCCUGCCAGACAACGACAAGGGCAGAAAGGUCCUCGAGCUGCUGAAGGUGGCGUGGAUGCGGCGUCUCAUCUUCACCGUGGGAACGUCCAGCACCACCGGAGAGCCCGACACAGUGGUGUGGAACGGCAUCCACCACAAAACCGAGAUGAUGUCCAACUUAUCGGGCCACGGCUACCCUGACCCCAACUAUUUGGACAAUGUUCUGUCUGAGCUGGCCUCUCAGGGCGUGACAGAGGACUGCCUCAAACCCCCAGGAAGCGGCAGCGGCGCCAGCUAGGCCUCAGCUCCGAGCUUCGCACGCUUCCACUCACCGCUAAACCAUCGAGAGUUAACCCUCCUGAAUCCUCUGCUCUGUGCCCAGGUGGACUUCCUGCAACAUCUCUGUGUUAAUAAAUUCAUGUCAGCGUCCACCCAAACCUCAUGGAGUGAGCGAAGGGAGGGAAAGUGAGCUAAAUAAAAGCCUUGAAUCUUCUUUGAGAGGAGACACAGUUGGA